ACCCACUGUGCCACAGGGCCAGCCCUGACCCUUAAAUCUUUAGCGUUUGGCAGUGAGUAUGUUUGUCGGGGUGGUGUAUGAAUGAAUUUGAAUUUGAGAGUCCUGUGGCUCUGGGCAGUAAGGAACAACAGUAGCAAGACUAAUUCCAGAGAAGUCCUUCCUUCCCGACAUGCAGGUGGAGCACUGGCAGAUGAACAGCUGUUGGUGCCAAGCACUUUUGCAGAUGGAGCUUCAUUCAGCACCUGUGCUGCCAGUGAUGGCAAGUUAGAGCAAGAGCAGCAGCAGCCAAGGAGCAGUCACCCGGGGGAGUCCGCCUUUUACACCGGCGGGGAUCUGAUGAGCUCCUUUCUUCUGGCUUCAUCAGUGGACCGUUUACCAUGAACAGUUCUACUCCUGCAGGCGUGUAUGCUAAUGGGAAUGACAACAAGAAAUUUAAAGGAGAUAGACCUCCCUGUUUGCCUUCCCGUGUUCUCCAUCUUCGCAAAAUUCCAUGUGAUGUCACCGAAGCAGAGGUCAUAUCAUUAGGCCUACCAUUUGGCAAAGUGACUAAUCUUUUGAUGUUGAAAGGAAAAAGUCAGGCCUUCCUAGAAAUGGCUUCUGAGGAAGCUGCUGUUACCAUGGUGAAUUAUUACACUCCUGUAACACCUCACCUUCGAAGCCAGCCUGUUUAUAUUCAGUUUUCCAAUCACAGAGAACUCAAGACAGACAAUCUACCUAAUCAGGCUCGAGCCCAAGCCGCUCUGCAGGCUGUCAGCGCUGUGCAGUCAGGAGGCCUGGGCCUUCCCGGAGCGCCUUCCAACGAGAGCACCAUCCUGCCUGGGCAGAGCCCUGUGCUCCGAAUAAUUAUUGAAAACCUCUUUUACCCUGUUACUCUUGAAGUUCUUCAUCAGAUAUUUUCUAAAUUUGGCACUGUCUUGAAGAUUAUCACCUUUACAAAGAAUAAUCAGUUUCAAGCCUUGCUUCAGUAUGCCGACCCGGUGAAUGCACAUUAUGCCAAAAUGGCUCUGGAUGGUCAGAAUAUCUAUAAUGCAUGCUGCACUCUGCGUAUUGACUUCUCUAAGCUCACCAGCCUUAAUGUGAAAUACAAUAAUGACAAGAGCAGAGACUUCACUCGCUUAGACCUUCCCACGGGCGAUGGCCAGCCAUCACUUGAGCCCCCCAUGGCUGCUGCUUUUGGCACACCAGGUAUAAUUUCUUCACCAUAUGCAGGGGCAGCUGGAUUUGCCCCAGCCAUUGGAUUUCCUCAAGCUACAGGUCUGUCAGUUCCAGCUGUUCCUGGAGCUCUCGGUCCCCUUGCAAUCAGUCCCUCUGCUGUUACUGGAAGGAUGGCCAUUCCUGGGGGCAGUGGGAUACCCGGGAAUUCUGUUCUGCUUGUCACCAACCUCAAUCCUGACCUUGUCACACCACAUGGGCUUUUUAUCCUAUUUGGAGUGUAUGGUGAUGUACAUCGAGUGAAGAUUAUGUUUAAUAAAAAAGAAAAUGCCUUGGUUCAGAUGGCGGACGCAAAUCAAGCUCAAUUAGCAAUGAACCAUCUAAGUGGUCAGAGACUUUAUGGAAAAGUGCUUCGUGCUACGUUGUCCAAACAUCAGGCAGUUCAGCUCCCCCGAGAAGGGCAAGAGGACCAAGGCCUGACCAAGGAUUUCACCAAUAGUCCUCUGCAUCGCUUUAAGAAGCCUGGGUCUAAAAACUUCCAGAAUAUCUUUCCACCAUCAGCCACAUUGCAUCUUUCUAACAUUCCCCCUUCUGUUACAGUGGAUGACCUGAAGAACCUUUUCACAGAAGCUGGAUGUUCAGUGAAAGCUUUUAAAUUCUUUCAGAAAGAUAGAAAAAUGGCGCUCAUUCAGUUGGGAUCUGUGGAAGAAGCAAUCCAGGCCCUCAUAGAACUUCAUAACCAUGACCUUGGAGAAAAUCACCACCUCAGAGUUUCCUUCUCAAAAUCUACAAUCUGACCUUCCUGUGAAUUUUUCCCCUAAAUUGGACCAUAACUUCAGUAAAACCUUCAGACGUAGAUGGAAGCAGCUCAAGACCAAUUCUGCCUCUUUCACAAAACAACUGUCUGUCUUUUUCAAGUUAUAUCCACAAAAAAUCAAGUGAUGUUCUUUUUCCCAUUUCCCCCUCCCUGUCAUCAUGUGAUCAAAGGUUUGUUUUUACUUUGAACCAUGGUUUCUAUGAAAAUAAGCUUCAGGAACAAAACCCAGGAAAAAAAAUUUUCAGUAAUUUAAUUUCCUGCAUUAAAUUGAAUUUCAAGAGGACAGAUGUUCUCUUGAUGGGUCCAGACCUUGUUUUAUAGUUUGGGUCCAGAUCAGCCUUAUCCAGUGUUUAUAAACUGCUUUGUACUUUUCAAAAUUUAAAUAUGUGGACUUUCAAAUUACUUGAUGUAAGUAUUUAAAUCACUUACAACCAAGUUUUUAACUUUGAUUCAAAGUUUAACCCCCUUCAGAAACUAUAUUCACUUAUAAAUUAUGUCAAAUACUUGUCAUGAGUUGAUUGAUUAUUAGACAUAAACAUUGUGUUAGGAGCAGACCUAUAACCUUCCAUGUUUUCCUUCAGUGGUUCCAUUCUUUCAUUGUAUGACACUCCUUUGAAUGCUAUCUGACUUACUUUUUAAAAGCUAUUUUAAAAAAUGAAGUCUCAGCUGUCCCCAGGGAAAUUAAGUGGAAUCCAGCCAGGAUCAGUUAAGGUGUCAGAGUAAUUAAUAAUUUUGUCAGAAAAAAUCAUGUUUUCAAUUUCAAAGUGACACUUAUUUGUUGAGUAAUAUAACAUGAUCUUGGGAAAAUUUUAAAGAGAAACGAUCCUUACAUUGCAAACUACUUUUAUAAUUUUCAGAAAAAAAAAAAACGUUUACACUCUUAAGGAAUAAUUCAGGUCUAUCAUGGUUUGACAGAUUUUUUAAAAGUUAUUUUUGGUAAGAUCUUCUUUUAGAAAAAAAAAUCUCAAGGGUUUUUUGUACCACUAUAAUCUCUAGUACUUAUUCAGAAUUACUGUGUAUUUACUUAAUUUCUUACGUGCCUUAUAAUGUGCUUAAGAUAAAAUAGGUUAGAGUUUUAUCUAAAUAUCUUCAAAACUAUAUUGUGGGCUUGGUGAGCAUUUUAUUUUGUUUUGCCUAUUUUGGUAAGGAUUUUAAAGUUUUUUUUUAAUUGUGAUUUUAAAUGCUUUUCAAUAAGAGUUUUUAUUCAAAUUUUUGGUGCUUUGGUGUAGGUGGGCUAGGGAAAGGUGAGAAGUAGAGGGAAAACUCAGCGCAUCCUUGUACGCCUCCUUCCAUUGUGCGUGAUGGCAGUCAUUGCCAGUUGUCACACACCAAUUGGAGGCUCUAGAAUUCAGUCUCUGUUUCCAGAUUGUAUCUAAUUUUAUUACCCUUCAGAAUUGUCUCAGGGUUACUUGGUUCUUCUCUGUACUCAAGUGAGAACUUGCUUUUCUUUCUUAAAUGUAACUGCAUUACUGAAAGCUUAUGUGUUUGGAGUAUGAAAAGGCGAACUAUCUCAGGCUCCAAACCUGUCUCUUUUGGUUGAAUGUAAUAGUCUGUUUGUUGCUUCAGUGAUUAUAUAACAUGAAACUAUUUCUUUUCAAGAAGAAACUUUGCCUUUGUAAAUUGUUCCUUCAGUGCUUUAUCCCAUUUUUAGAGCAGAAUUUAUCAGCGGGGUCUCUUUUGUCCACUCCUUUUAUACUUUCUUCAGAGUUGCUCAUCUCGGCUUUUUAAAUACAAUAUCUAAUUUUUUCUUUAUUCCCACCAUUAAUAUGAACAUAGGGAGGUUUUUGCAAAGAAAUUUUCACAGAAUAAGGCUUUAAGAGAUCAUAAAGCUUUUUUAAAAGCAGAAUUCAGUCAAUACUGAAUAACAGUUGGUAGGCACAAUGUUGUGACUUUGAAAAUCCAUUGGUUUACUGUUAAUGGAAUAGAGGGUUAAAAUUAUUUGUCCAGGUAGUUUUUCCCCCAAUUACCUAAAUACUGAGUAGAAAAGAGGGGGGAAAUUUUCUCGGAGAAAUCUUCCCAAAUGUGCUCAUUUUUACCCUGGCAUGAUGAAAGUUCUCGUGGCAUAUUGGACUGUUUCUUUUGCUUUGAAUUGCAACCGUGUAAUCAGUAAAUCAUGAGUCUCAUAACAUCCAGCAUAAGUGUAGCAAGUUACCUAUAGCAGAAGGGAGAUCAUCAUAUUGGUGUUGAAUGUAAUUUUGAAGUAGGGAAUGGCCUUUAAAUCUGAAAGAGAACAUUUGAAUCCUCUUCAGGGAUUUGUGUAGAUAUGUGUGUGUGCGUGCGUGUGUGUCUGUAAUAGAUAAGUGUAUAAACAACACACACUCUUCUAAUGUUGUAUAUACAUAUGCACAUGACAUACAUUUUAAUUUAUUGACAAAGAAAAUUUAACCAAAUUAAAAUUUGGAGAAGGAGAAGGGGCAUAUUAUUUUAAGAGCAUGAUUGAAGCCAUCAGUUGUGUCUAAAGCUUAGCUGUAGCACAUGAAUGUUGUCCAAUUGAGCUAAUUUGCUGUUUGAUUUAUAGAGGUCUACAGUAUUUGUGUUGAUGUAUUUUGUAAAAAGACAAAAUAUCAGGGUGGUGGACUAUAUCUUUGUAUUGUUUUGGCAUGCAUUUAUUUCAUAUCUUCUAGGCAGUGGUUUAUUUUUAAAUUGUCUGCAGUAGUAUCUGAUUUUUAAUUACUUUAAGGAGUUUUUGAUCACUUUUCUAGGUAUCUUAACUUUUACAAAACAUAUAUAUAUAUAUAUAUAUAUAUAUUCAGGACUAUUAAAAAUAGCAGUACACAUUUAACAUUGUCUAAGACAACAUGUUCUACUUUGAGAUUGAAUGAUUUGAAUAGCAGUUAGUCAGACAUUCUUCAAGACAAAAGCAGUGUUUCUGAUCUUGCCGUUGGAGGUUGCAGGACUCACAGUUUGGGACACAGUGUCUGUCAGCCUUACUCCUUUUAGGAACAGAUCAUGUUUCUCAUGUGGCAAACAAAGCGUUUGUGACAGUUGAAGAAGUAGCAUUCAUCUCUGUUCAAUUUCAUAGAAAGUUUGCAAAAUCCUCCUUGUCAUCAGGCAGCAACAUUUAUAAAUUGUUUCUCUUUUGUUCCCGUUAAAUGUGUUUGGGCACAAGACAAAAGAAGAGAUAGACUCAAAAAGUGCGAUCUCCCACCAUACCCCCAGCUAGUGAAUCAUUUAAAAUCCUAGAUUUGUCAAACUCUCAGCCUAUCUCUUAGAAAACCUAAUGUGUACUGCUAUUUUUCAAACCAAAAAGAGAACAUGACUAUGUGUAAAGCAUUUUUCUUAUCCUUUCCUGUCUUGAUCUGUUCACAACAGUAAAACUGCCAGUUAAAAUGUUCUAUUGUGCUAAAGGAAAUUUAAUUGCACAAAAUUUUAAACUAUAACUCAGCUGUCUUACAAGAGCUGUGUUGUUAUCUGCAAGAGUGCAGUUUUCAGAGAAAAUUCUAACAGCUAAUAGUAAAUGGUUUAAAAAACAGAAAAAUAUUAACAUCUUAGUUUGGGGUUUCAUAGAGGGAGAAAAAUAAAACAGGACCAAAGUUUAUGUGCCUUCUUCAAUAGUCUUAAUUGAGCUUUUCUUUUUUUGAGAGUAAGGUAGUAUCCGUAUUCUGGUCUUCAGGAAAUAUGUACAGUACAGUUUUUACCGACCAUUGUCCCACAAGCUCCUGCAAGCAGAGCAUUGUAACUAUGUAAAUAAAGCUUCAGUUACAGUUUUGCCUUCAGCACAUGAUCUUGGUUAGAGCCUGUGCCGGUUCAGGAGCAGAACCCGGCUGCUCUCAGUCUUUGUGACAGCCCUCUGUUUUUUUUUUUACCUGAGGCAUGUGUUCUAGGGAGCAGGGAUGUUUGUCUGGUCCAGUGACCUUGAUGAUAACAGCAUCGUGAUUGAAAGCUGCCUAUACCAACUGAAGUAGCUCUGCCGGCAGGUUUUUGUUGUUGCUACUUGAUAGUGUUUUCUUGAGUCUUUGAAGUAGGUGUAAUAGCAGAUAUUUAAAUAGCUAUUUUUGAUGUUGUUAAAAAUCAUACUCUGGUCUUUUUUUUCCUACCCUCCCUUUUUUACCAUUGUCACCCAGAUCCUAUUAAAAUGUGUCUCAAGUCCAGAAAAUGCUAAUUAUAAAAAUUGCUGACCAAGCCAAGAUUUCCAUCAUAAUGUCACCUCAUUGCUCUGACCAAAGACUGACUUGCGGUUUUUAACUCCUCUCCUCAAGCAUUUUCCCCAAGCUCCUUUCUGAAGGAACCAAGGCAGAAUGGCCUUCGCUUUCUGUUUCCUGUUGGUAAAUAGACUAUUUGGAGAAAAUGUGGAGUUCAAAUGUGAACAGAAUGUUUAGGAUGGCAAGGUUUGGUGGGCAUUUUCAGUACUGUAUUUAAGAAGAAAAAUAGCACAGCUAGAAGCCUCUGAUGCUAUCUCAUGUUUCAUGUGGUCUGUUCAUAAAAGUCCCUUUUUUUGGUUUCUAAGAAUGUUCAUCUAUCAGAAGAAAAUGCUGUAAAUAUUUAUAACAACUUUUCUUUUUUUAGCCAGGCCAAAAAAGAGAAAAGGUUUUUGGGAACAAGUUAACAUAUAAAGUGAUUUUAUAUAAAACAUCGAUUGUCUUGUAUAUUUUGAUAAGCAACAGUACCAGCUUUCAUUUGUAACACAGUUUGUGGUAUUGGAAGAAAAGGACUAUGUGAUUGUUGAAGUGAUUUAUGUAAUAAAUGCAAAGAGAUGAUAAAAUAUUAAAAAAAACAUAUUUUUAAAUGCGUAGUGCAUGGUUACUUCAAGCUUCUGUAUACUACAGUAUAUUCCAUUUUCAUUCAGUUUGUAUAUUUGUUGACUAUUACUUGAUAUCUCUAAUCUCUUUUCCUAACAGGUACCACAUUAUAGCAUGCCUUGCCUUUUAAUAAAUGUCAUGACAUCUGUACUCUCUUAA